CGCGUUCGCGUUUUACAAACAGCUCCUGCCUCAGACAAAAGAUGCAUGCAACUUGAGUUUGGUAGACGCUACAGAUACUCAGAUACAGAUACUUAAUCACAAAGUGCGAAGCAAUUUCGCUUCAUGAGUUAAUUAAUGUGUGCAAGUGAUUAACUAUUUCUGUGUGUGUGUGCUAAACUAACCUAAACUAACUAAGUUAAUAACUAAUUAACUAACUGCUAAAACAUAACAUUAUCUUGAGGAUUACUUAAACGCAUACAUAAAAAGUUGCUAAUAAUAAAUACGUGAUUGUGCUUAUUUUCUGGCUCUUACCAACAAUAAGGCAAUUAAGGCUAGAGAAAAGAAGUGUCACAUUUAAAUGUGGUCCUGGAAUGCAACGCGUACAGCAGCAAUUUGUCAAAGUCAAACCAAGCGUGUGCAACACGCAGAACGCUUGCGGCACGGCGCCUUUUGCCAAUUAGUUGAAGCAAUCCACGAGAAGAUUUCCAACUAAACAUACUAUUUGAAAUUGAACUAAGGAGGCGAGUGCAAAAGUUAAAACACAGUGUAAACUUAAUGGCCGCGACAAGCACUUGAAGCAGACAAGGAAAGUUAGAGAGCAAAGCAUCGUUCACACGCAGAGCAUAUCAAUUGAAUAAUCCACAUUGCGUAUACGCACCGUAUACUGUAAACUGGCGUUCGACUGCGCGCAACAAUGAGAAUCAUUACACGUAGCAUACGUCACGGAAAAGCUGCCACUGCUGCAGCUGCUGUUGCACACGGCCACAACCGUGGGGCCCUGAAAAUGAAUUGCCCCAUUUUGAUUGUAAUUAGCCUGGGGUGGCUGCUGCACGGCAACGGCUACGCUGCCAAUGCCGCCAUUUCAAAUCGAGGUAGCAGCACCCAUUCAAUGACCAAUGCGCAGCAGCCCGCUGCGGUUGCUUCGAGCUCGCAGGCUGUGGCGGUGCCUCGCUUCUUGUCCCGGGGACACACCUAUCGAGCCGUGGUUGGGGAUACGCUCGUCCUGCCCUGUCAGGUGGAGAAUCUGGGCAAUUUCAUCCUGUUGUGGCGUCGUGGCUCAAAUGUUCUUACCGCCUACAUUAUGGUAACAAGGGAUGACCGCGUAAGUCUGAUAGAUGGUUAUAAUUUAGAGAUAUCCGAUUUGGAGCCACAAGAUGCUGGGGAUUAUGUUUGCCAAAUCAGUGACAAAAUAAAUCGUGAUCAAGUCCACACUGUCGAAAUAUUGGUGCCUCCCAGCGUUCGUGCUAUUCCCACAUCCGGCCAGUUGCAGGCUCGUAAAGGUGGACCAAUUACAUUGGAGUGUAAGGGUUCUGGUAACCCGGUGCCAUCGAUUUACUGGACCAAAAAGAGCGGCACUGGAAAAUCACCGGCAAGAAUUGGCGAUGGACCCAUCCUGACUCUGGACAAGUUGGAGCGCCAGCAAGCAGGAGUCUACCAAUGCACCGCCGACAAUGGAGUCGGCGACCCAGUUACAGUUGAUAUGCGUCUGGAUGUGCUCUAUCCACCGGAUAUUCAAGUGGAGAAAUCGUGGAUACACUCUGGUGAGGGAUUUGAGGCGAAACUCGUUUGCAUUGUUUACGCUGAUCCAGUCGCAACGGUCUCCUGGUAUCAAAACUCCUUUCCGAUACAAACCACAGACAGGCGAAUUAUGAACACGAGAGCCAAUCGACACACACUUACCAUACGUCACAUUCAGCAGGAAGACUUUGGCAACUACAGCUGCGUAGCAGAUAAUUCUCUGGGACGCUCCCGCAAGUACAUGGAACUAUCUGGUCGGCCAGGUCCGGCUGAGUUUUACUCACCGAAAUGGGGUCGCUCCUCGGAUAGCUACAAUUUGACAUGGAAAAUCGACAGUUAUCCACCACUGGAAGAAGUGCGUCUCCUCUACCGACGAGUACUGAUGAACGACACAUUCCAACAGCCAGGCAGAUGGCAUGAUUUUAUACUCACCCCCGAACAUCGUCCCGCCUCGGAACCUCUAACACAUAUCAUGUCCUACACCAUUAAGCAUCUGCAUCCAGGUGCCUACUACGAGGCGAUUGUGCAGGCCAAGAAUCGCUACGGUUGGAACGAGGUCAGCGAUAUAUUCCAAUUUAUUGUCGCCAGCAACAGCAUGGACAUUGCGCCCGAGGAUGCCGAGGUGGUUGCCAGCUCCAAGUCUCGCAGCAACAGUGGUGCUCUGAGCAGCCUGCAGAAUGCUUUAACCCACUGUUUGCUUCUAUGUGGUGCAUUAUUGAUUGUCUUUGGUUUGCGCAACACUCAAUUUGACAGUCUCCGUUUGGGCUUGGGGUAAGCGACCAAUGUGCCCCAAAAUGACGCAAUGUAUCCAUCGAAUGUGGCAUUGCAACUUGCAUUCUGAGAUUAGUUAUAUGUAUAUUUAAAGCUACAUAAUAUGCCAGCAAAUAGUAUGAAUGCGAUAUGUAAACUAUGAUAUGAUAUUAUUUGAUUAAGCCCAAAAUCCAUUUCACAUUUCCGUCUAUAUUUUCACUGGUUAUAUUUUGUAUACCUUUCAAUUUGACACUUUCGACACUUCAAUUUAGAUACCAUACAUUGUUUAUCACACGUUAACUACAGAAAACUGAAACCAAAGAGAGGAUACCAAAUGAUUUUUGUGCAAUUUUAUGUAAAAAUUAUGCAAAAACACUUCAAAAUCUACAAUGUAAAUAAUUUUCCAAGCAUUUUGUCAGCGAUUUAAUUAGCGUUUGAAAGCAGAGUGGAAAAAUUAAAUGCGAUUAUAAACAAAGCGAGAAAAAUAUGAAAUGCAAAAUGCGCAAUGAAAUAAAUGAACACACAUACAUAUACACACAGUAAAUCCAUAGUACUAGGAUAAUCCAGUCGAACUAGGUCAUGUAAAUAUGCAUUAGAUAUUUGAAUGUGAAUUACAUUUUACGUACUUCAUAAAAACUACAAAGCAUAAAUAAUAUAUGUGUAUGUAAAUUAAGCAAAUAUUAUAU